AAAAUAAGCCCCAAACCCCCAACAUCCACUGGCUUUAGAUGAACAUACUGUGAGUCUCUGUGCUCAGUUUAAUCACUGAUUCGGAUGUGAAAAAGGUGGAGCUUCGUGUAGAUUAUUACAUCCUUACAUGAACAAUGGACAACAGUAUUAAAGCCUGUCAGUGCAGCUGGGAGACGAAUACACAGCGAGCGUUGGCGAGGAAAUGACACCGGAUCUGAUCGACUCUCUUACUUACUAAACUAAAACUGGAAAUGUGUAGAUAAGCUUUGUAUCCAGAUUCCUGCUCAGGAUCUUUCAGCAGAUAGGAACAAGUGGCUGGAGUCGGAGUCGGGGUCACCGGUGGUCCUAUUUUGAGCCAGAAGAUUGUGAGAAAGGAAGAUAUCAAUACAAGCUCCCUGUCUGCCUCUGAUCUGGUAUUACGAGCAUGUCAGAAGGAACAGAUGGGAAUGGAGGCUCGGUGGAGAAUGUGACAUCUCAGGAUAUUAAAGCUGAUGGAGAUAAAUCGAAUACCAUCCCAAAAGGUCAUCGGAAUGCAAAUGUGAAUCCAAAUGACGGCAUGACAUCAAAGAAUAAAGAGACCGAAGUACCUGAGAACAGCCAGUGCCAAAAGGGUGGAAGUACAGAACCUACAAAUACGCCAUCCCGGGAUGAGUCACCGUGGCUGGACCCCAACACUGAGACCACCACGAUAGAUGACAUACCAAACACCGAAUUCUAUCCCACCUGGAUUAGCGGAACUGUUUAUAACGCUGACACACACAGAAAUUACUUCAUGGAUGAAGCAAUCCAUCAUGUCGACCCUAUACAGGCUACAGCUGCUGGAGAGACUGUGGAAAGCUUUUAUCAUCCCGGAUCUGAUAUAUACGAGUUUGUAACGGAGACAGUUCUCAAUUCUGUCUCAGAAACUGGUGGAAUUUUAGGAGACACUGUCCAAAGUAGCGAGUCAGAAAACGGUGGGAUUUUAGGUGAUGCUCCACAGCGUCUAACACAGCGACCCUUCCCGUUCUAUUCGGCAGAGAGCUGUAAUAUUAACAGCCUGAAGGCCAAUGACAACACAAUCUCAGAUAUUCUGUGUGACUCAGUUGAUCAUUUGGAGAAUGACGUGACUCACAUGUCCAAGUCUCUUACUGUAAACACAAAGACAUCUUCUGUUUUCGAGGACCGUGUUCCAGACAUGACGGGGGACCACGCGACUGAAAAUAACUCCGAUGUACGCCUGCUAAUCUCCAGCUUCCCUCAGACACCGAUCAUAAUCCCGUCUAAGACUGAGGAAGGGAUUGACCCAGAUCACUCAGAAACGACUCAAAGGACGUACAGAAGUGACAACAUGUCUAAUGAGUUGUGGGUUGAUGCUUCAGAUGAGUGGGGACAUGUCUCCUGUCUCACCCACUCAUCUUCAGCCAACACCAGAACCUCAGAAACAGGAGCUGGUUCUUUGGAUCUACCUACGAAUGAGAGCUGGUCAUCUUCUGACAGCUGGGCUAGUGCUUUAUCAGACCUGAUCCAGUCUGUUAGCAUCCUUAUAGAAGACCGUCCCUCCGUCAGCAUCCAGGACACGACCAAGGACAAGAGCACGGAGCUGGAGAACUCCUUCGAAUCAGGAGACGGCGGUUCUGAGGGUUUUAUACGGAUAAAAGACUCCAGUAGACCUCGAAUAGACCACAGAGAAGAGCGAGAAAACAGACUUUAUACUAAUGUAGAUAUGAACAGGAUGCAGGAUUUAGCAGUAGACAUGGACAGAGAGACGCAGUCAGGGUUACAGGAAGAGGAAGACGAGCGUCGGAACGAUACAGAAGGAAGACUGGAAAACGAGUGUGCCUAUGGAUCUGAGGAGUGCAUUGAACUCUGGGAAGUAACUGAAGACACAGCCUUCGAGGAGGAAGGUGAAAGAAAUCAUGGUGGCUUGAGCUUCUCGUGUUACCCCUUCACGUCCGAGUCGGAGGUUCGGCUCCUCGACAGCUAUGAAGCAGAGCACCUGACGCUCAGGCGAGGAGCGAACCGGAGCGACGUGACACACCUCGAAGACAACGGCUCUUGUACUUUUCCUAGCAAAGGAGAGGUGGAUUUUAUUAUGCCACUUACAUCCAUCACUAUAGGAACAUCAUACCUCCAGUUGAAAGAGGACCCAGAUGUAUCAAGGACAUCCUUAAAGCCGUCCCGUGCAGGAAUCCGUGAAGAAGUGAGAUCAGAUCUGACACCGAGCACCAGUGGAAAGUCCACCAGCAGUUUCUGUGACAUCACAAAGCAAACCGGUGAUCAGGAUUCAUCUUCGUCGUCUUGUGAAGACCAAAGGUACAAAACAGAGGCCGGUGACGUCAGCUCAGAACUUCAGAGCCUGAUCUUACCCACAGGGGAGCAGUUAAUGAUCUGUGAGGAAAGGCACGUAGCGUACGUGACUUUUGACGUGGAUGACAUCCUGAGCUUUAAGAAGCACCCUGAGGAUCGUGGGGGUAUAAAACAAGUAGGAGGUGAAGUGUGUGAAAGAGACAACAAGAUGCCUCAUAAAACUCCGAAAAAGUCUUCUGAGAACAAGACACGCUCCAACAAACACAAGGACAAAACGAAUAACAACCAGACAAGCAAGAAAAGAGAGAACGUGAGGCCAGAAGAACACGACGGAGAGUCUGUAGGCGCGGAGGAAAGCGCAGCGACCACGUUCGAGCCUAUCGUGAUAACGGAAAAGGUCGCAUCCGGACCUCAGGGGAAGAAGAAAAAGAAGCACGGAGUAGCAAAGGUCGAAAACGAGCCACUGCUCGAGGUGGGAAAUGGAACCAAGCCAAAAAACACGAAGCCUAAAAACGAGACGGCGACAACGCAACCGAGCAAAGUGAGAGAAAAACUCGCAAACUACGAAGGAAAGGAGCCACACGAAAAGGAUAAAGCAACUGAGGGAAAAACUAAAGCGGGUACAGAAACCUCCAGCGUGGGCUCGCCUGCUGCGCCGGACGAUGACAUCAUCAAACGCAGACGUAUAUCUGGAGACAAACCUGCAGCCGUAUCGAUCAGGACGAGGCCGCAGCUUCCUGCUAUCUUCCAGCAAAAGGAAAAGGAAGAUGUUGUGACGCAGACGAUUCAGACGCCCAAAGAAGUCCCACGUGUCUUAUCUGAGAUAGAAGCAGCUCCGGUGGUCGAUGAUCCUCAGAGCAUUUCUUUGUGGUGUCGCUUCAGUCACAUCACGGCAGAUUCCUCCAUCAUGUGGGUGAAGGAAGGAGCGACGCUAUGUGAGGAAAAGAAGAAGGUGGGAGAUGAUGCUCGCGUCUCUCUGUCGCUGCUGAAACCCUGCAGUAAAGAUCUGGGGUUUUAUCGUUGUUCUCUGGUCACUGCUCUGGGUUCGGUGUCCAGCUCAGACUUUCACCUCACAUCAGAAGUGCUGAUGGAGCUCGUCAUCCCGAACCAUGAAGCAUCAGAUGAGCGCAAAGCGAUAGACGGGGAGGAAGAGGACGUGUCCUGCGCUUCUCUCCUCUUUAAGGAUGACAUUCUGACUGAUCAGUAUUUUGGAGAGCAGCAGCACACGAGCAUUGUGACUGAGAAGGAUCAUUUUGGUGAGGGAAUGCACCGGAGAGCGUUCAGAACGAUGGUGCGCACCGGCAUGACACCUCUGUUCGGCCCCGGACACGCCUGCGUGCUCAAAGUACACAGCGCCAUCGGCUAUGGCACCCAGAACAGCAACGAGGUGGUGCAGAGGAACUACAGCCUGGCUGUGGAGGAGUGUUAUGUACAGAACACGGCCAGAGAAUACAUCAAGGCCUACACUGACGUGGCCAAAUCUGCAGAGACCUUCGGAGAAGUUCCUGAAAUCAUCCCCAUUGUUCUGGUGCACCGGCCGUCUAACGCCGUCCCGUAUGCCACGCUGGAGGAGGAGCUGAUUGGAGAUUUUGUAAAGUACUCUGUUAAAGAUGGGAAAGAGAUCAACCUGACGAGGAGAGACUCGGAGGCGGGACAGAAAUGCUGUGCGUUCCAGCACUGGGUUUACAUGCACACCGAGGGAAACCUGCUGGUUACUGAUAUGCAGGGUGUAGGUAUGAAGCUGACAGAUGUUGGAAUCGCCACCUGUAAAAAAGGUUAUAAGGGCUUUAAAGGAAACUGCUCCACAUCCUUCAUCGACCAGUUUAAAGCUCUUCAUCAGUGUAACCGCUUCUGUGAGCUGCUUGGCCUCACGUCCCUGCAGCCCAAAGCCAAACGGACCACCCCCCCCAACCCCAAAACACAACCCGCCGCCAGGAAAAAGCCUUUUGGCCCCACUGUCAAGGGCAAAUCCUGAUUGGACGCUGGCCCUUGACACAGGAUUCUGUGCAUAAAUCAGAGUGAAUCCGGGUCUCACUUUCAAAGACAAUACGACGUGAUCUUUUACUUUAGUUCUUGUUAACAAACAAGUCAUGUGCUGUGUUUCAUACGGAGAUAAUAUGCUGCUGCAUCAGAUGCUAAUCAAUUGCUGCCCUGCAAUAUACAGAGGAUAUACAGUCUCGCAUAUACUCGUGCCAUACACGGAUCAGUUGCUGCUCUGCCAUAUGCAGACCAUAUGCAGAUGAUAUACAGAUGUUAUUUGCAGAUGAUAUACAGAUGUGUUAUACGCAGAUGCUACUCUAUCAUAUGCUGAUGAUCUACUGCUGCAUACUAUACAGAUGCCGUAGUACCGUGUCAUAUACCGAAGUACUGCUGCGUGACAUUAGUCGUAUGCUGUAUGCUGACGAUAUACAGCUGUUUCAUGUAAUGUUCAUUAGCAGCUGUUUCGAUGUUUGUCGUUCAUACGCGUUAAGAAAAGUAAUGACUUUUGCAGUCAGUGUGUAAGCCAUAAAGCCAACAAGCUGCAUAUUAUAUUUGUGUUUGAAUUGUUCCUUUGAUCCCAUUUAGGAAGUUUCAGUGAUAUGAAGAUGAACGAAGUAAAUGUUAAAGUGCGUAACACGAACAACUCGUGUAGCCGAAUCGUAUAACGUUGUUCUGUGGCUGAUAUUUAUAUUUAUUUUGUUAUAAAUAGUUUACAUUCACUUUUUAAAGGUGUAAAUAUUUUUUGUAUCGAUGUUUCAUUGAACAACAAAGUACCUUUUGUACAGUUUCUUUGUGCGAGUGCGGUAGUCUGAGGAAAGUGUCACGGUGGCGAACGCUGACGAAACAUCUCCCGCUGAGCGAUAAAGCCAGCUGUCGUCCUGUCUCAGGAAGAACGUGAACCUGUGGCCAGGUUUCCAGAGAGCCUGAUGGUCUGAAACCUUAUACACACGCUGGCCACGUUCAGCAGCUCCUCCUGAUUUAUGUGCCAUCAGCCUUAACAAUUUUAGACAAAUCUGUUCAAGGUGAAAAUGUUUUUUUUGUGUUGAAUUGAACUGUAUUCUUUUAAUAAACCUCAUACAUUAAAACUUU